AGAAAGAACCCCACGUCCCUUCCCCAUAACUGUUGAAUUCGGAGGCGGAAGGCAGGCGAGCGAGCAACCCUAACCCUAACCUUAAGGAAGAACAAGUCCCAUAUCCGCAGGGUAGGCACAAAAAUCUACCGAAGUUUCUCGCCUUAACCGAUCGCAACCCAAUAGCGUUGGUAGGGGAGGAGGAGCGGCCGGUCGCCGGUGGGGAUUCGCGACGGAUUUCCCCUAAUCCCUACGUGUUCACAGGCAUACGAGAUACCACGAUGGUGGCGCUUCUUCGACAGGGGUUGAUGAGGAUCGGUGGCUCCGUGCUCCAGCGAACCCAUCACUCGGCGGUCACGUCACCGGCGGUUGCUGACGCGCCAAGGCGCAUGCUCAGUAGUAUUAUCGAGAAGCGUGCUCGUCAGAGGCAUAACGAGGAACUUCUGGAGGAAUUCAAGCUCCUAAAGCCGCAUCAGGGAGUUGAUAAAGCUUUUUCCGGCAAGAAAAGUAUUUAACCUUGUGGCAAUUACAGCUGCAACUGUUACGUUAGCCUGUGCAGGAAGAUCAGUGAAGGAGGCUGAGAAGAAGCGCCAUCAAGUGAGAGAAGAAGCAGAACAAGUGAACAAGGCUUUUUUAAAGGAUAGGAAAAACAUAGGAAUAGGAAAGGUAUAGGAUUGGAAUGACAUGUCUAAUUGAAUCCUAUAGGAAGAUGAAAUUUGUUUGAUUGUAGCAAAGGAAUUUUUCCAUGAGGUAUGAGCUAAUGUUUUUUUUCCUAUAGGAAUUACACUACAAGAUUCCUAUAGGAUUUUUUCCUAUAGGAUAUGUUCCUAUGAAUCAAACAACAUGUAUAGGAAAUUUUCCCAUAGGAACCAAAUCCUACACAAUUCCUAUGCAAAUCCUUUGAAUCAAAGGAGCCCU